AUGUAUCAUCGUCGUGGAGGAUUUCAAGGUGGAAGGGGCCGCUUUGGUAACCAUCAAGCCAACAGAGGACCACCAGAUAGAGUUUUUGAAAUGGGUGUGUUCUUUCAUGAAUGCGAAGGAAACAUUGUGUGUCGAUCGAUAAAUGAAAAGAUUCCAUACUUUAAUGCGCCAAUAUAUUUAGAAAACAAACAGGAAGUGGGGAAAGUGGAUGAAAUCUUAGGACCUAUAAAUGAAGUUUACUUCACUGUUCACCCAUCCGAAGGUGUUCAGGCAUCUUCUUUCAAGGAUGGUGACAAAUUCUAUAUUGCAGGAGAUAAACUUCUUCCGCUAGAAAGAUUCCUACCAAAGCCAAAGGAUUAUGGUCCAAAACCAAAAAGAAAGAGAGGUCCAAAGGGCGCUGGAUUUGGUCAAAGAGGAGGUGGAAGAGGUGGAAGAGGUGGUUUCAGAGGGGGAAGAGGUGGAAGAGGUGGCUUUUCUAGAGGUGGAGGCAGGGGAGGCUUCCGUGGUGGCCGUGGAGGCUUUUCUAGAGGUGGAGGUAGAGGAGGUUUCCGUGGUGGUCGUGGAGGUUUCCAUGGAAGAAGAUAA